AAUAUUAGUUACAAAUACGCAGUGUUCUGAAACUCCUAAUAAAAUGUUUACUCCUGCUGAUUUGAAAAUGGAUAUGCCGAAGCCACCUUUCGUAAUUUAUAAAGGAAAAGUGGAAGAAGAGUUCGCGCGCUUGCACAAAGACGGGAAAUCGCUUCUCAAGGCUGAAUCGAAAUUUGUUCAGUUUCUGGGCUUGCAGGAGUUGACGGACAGGGCUUGUGAUCACGUGGAGCUGGCGAAUCCAACUAAAAAUACCAUCAUCUUCAACAUCCGCACGCCAACAUCUCCGUGUUUCUUUGUAAAACCUCAUGUGGGAAUGAUUGAUCCUGGAGGGAAGGCCACCUUGUACUUUACAUUCAAAGGCCGAUGCCAUCGAGUUCCAUCGGAUUACUGCUGGAUCUAUUCAAUUUAUCAGCUCGUCGUUGAUGAGAAGACCACUGCGUUUAUCAAGGAAGAUGAAUUUUCUUCUCAAAAUUUGAGAUCUGCCUGGAUUAAGCAUGGGAGGAAGCAAGUCAACAACAUUCUUCAUUUGGCUUCUUCGUUCAAGGCUGGAAAACCGAAGUUUGAAUGUCGGGAUGGACACCGUAAAUUUCUGGAGAGAAAAAUUUACUUGAAUGAUUUGGGGGAUGUUGAGAAUUCCGGAAAGUCAAAAACCGAAAACACCACCGAUAUCACACCGGCCAAUAUGAAAAAGGGAAAAUUGAAUAAAGCCGCGUCAAGUGACACAAUGGAUGAUCUACCAAAGACUGCGGACUAGUCAGCUUUUCCUCGUUCAAUUUGAUUAAUUGUGAUGAUUAUUUAAUAUAGUGAAUAAAUAUGUUUUGAAA